AUGUCCCGCUUCAGCAAUCUCAAAGCCACUGCCUCAGACGCGGCGUCUCACCUGCUAGAAACAUUCUCCAGUAAAUCCAUCAUUCGUCGUCAAAUUUUCGAUGCAAACCAACUCCAAAAACUAGCUCUCACGCUCAAUCGCCCCACACUCAACGGCCAAGACGUAUCUGAAGAACCGCCAAUUCAAGGAACACCCAUACCACCAGGUUAUCAUCUUGUAUACUUCACACCAAAUGGAACAGAAAAAGAACUUGGACCUGAUGGAAGUGAUACUACGUUUAAUGCCUCGAAGCCAUUUACACGGAGGAUGUGGGCUGGAGGUAAGAUGGCAUGGGCUAGUGAUGUGUCGCUUCGGGUAGGUGAUCAGGUUGAAGAGAGGACGAGGUUGCUGAGCGCGGCGCCGAAGAAGAGUCGAUCUGCGGGGGAGAUGGUUCUUGUGGAGGUUGAGAAGGAGUUUUGGGGGCCGAAAGGUUUGGCAUUGACGGAUCGGAGGUCCUGGGUGUUUAGACCUGAGAUUGAUCCUAAUGCUGUGAGAGAGCCAAGACUGCUUGAUGAUGGUGUUCGUGGGCCGUCAUCGAUUAGGGACCUGGAUACUAAGAGUGAAGAACUAGGUGUUCCCAUAAGAGAACUCCGCUGGUCGCCAGUCGGCCUCUUCAGAUUCUCAGCUCUGACGUUCAACGGACACAUGAUACACUACAACCAAGACUGGACUCGCAACGUCGAAGGUCAUCCCGCUGGAGUUGUUCAUGGCCCUCUCAACCUCAUCAAUCUGCUAGACUACUGGCGGGACAUUCAUGGGAAUGGCGGAAGCCCAAGAGGAAUCACAUACAGAGCUAUGUCACCUCUCUAUGCUGGUCAGACGUAUAACAUACGGACCUCGGCUAUACAGGAGGCUGAAGGCGGAAAGACUUGGGGUAUUCUUGUUGAGAAGGAUGGGACGGUUUGUAUGAAGAGCGAGAUUACGGCGUAG